AUGCCCUCGGAAAAGCCUUCUAUCUGCCCUAGCAGGAAGAUUCCUCUCGCCUGCACAUCAAGAUGCAAAGCUGGAAGGCCGGAGCAUGCGAGAUUUACAGGCCAUGGCUAUGAGACUGAGGCACGGGUAACCGGCAGCGGACGACUCGAUAUAAACCUCGAAGAGGAUGAGCCGGAGGUAGCCGGCUUCUUGGAGAGCCUGGCAAGCCAGAAGCCCGAUAUAACGCGUCGCUCCUUUCCUGUCCCAGGGGAUCUCAAGUUCCCUAUCAAGCUCAACAUCGUCAUGCACGUCGUUGGCUCUCGUGGAGAUGUCCAGCCUUUUAUUGUCCUUGGGAAGGCUCUACAGCAGCACGGCCAUCGUGUACGGUUAGCGACGCAUCUGAUAUUUCGAGAUUUCGUCAAGCGGAAUGGCCUAGAGUUCUUCAACAUUGGGGGAGAUCCGGCCGAGCUGAUGUCGUUCAUGGUGAACAACCCAAAGCUGAUUCCGAAGAUGGACGCGUUGUUCCAUGGUGCUAUAGCACGUCGCCGGGGGGAGAUCCGUAAGAUCAUCGGAGGAUGCUGGCGGUCGUGUAUUGAAGCUGGCGAGGGUCUUGACCUCCUCUGUGAUGCCCCGUUGACUGCACCGCCGUUUGUCGCAGAUGUCAUCAUCGCAAACCCGCCGAGUUUCGCUCAUAUACAUUGUGCCGAAAAGCUGGGGAUACCGCUGCAUUUGAUGUUUACGAUGCCCUGGUCCCCGACGCAGGCAUUUCCACAUCCGCUGGCGAACGUCCAUAGCUUUACGACCAAGCCAUCUGUAGCGAAGAUUGCUUCGUAUGCUGUAACCGAGAUGGUAAUUUGGCAGGGCCUGGGCGAUUUACAGAAUGAAUUCCGUCGGUUUGAAUUGGGCCUUGAGCCUUUGGACGCAGUGCGAGCCCCUAGCCUAAUUCACCGUCUACGCAUUCCAUUUACUUACAUGUGGUCACCAUCCUUACUACCCAAGCCAGAUGACUGGCAGGCCCAUAUCGAUGUCACUGGGUUCAACUUCCUCCCUGCAGACACCGACUACGAGCCUUCGCUAGAACUUCUACAGUUCCUCGAGUCAGGGCCAGCCCCGAUCUACAUCGGAUUCGGGUCGAUAGUAGUCGAUGACCCUGACGGACUGACCCAAACCAUACUAGACGCUGUUCUAUCGACUGGUCAGCGCGCAUUGAUAUCCAAAGGCUGGGGUGGGCUAGGAGCAGAAUCACUCCACCAUAAAGACAUCUUCUUUCUAGGUAACUGCCCCCAUGAUUGGCUAUUCCAACACGUUUCCUGUGUGAUACACCAUGGCGGCGCCGGGACUACUGCAAUUGGCCUCGCCAUGGGCAGACCGACUGUAGUUGUCCCCUUCUUCGGUGACCAGCCCUUCUGGGGUGCACUCGUGGCUGCAAACCAGGCAGGGCCGUGGCCCAUCCCAUUCCGAGACCUAACUCCAGAGCGCUUGGCGGAUGCAAUAUACAAGUGUCUGACGCCUGCCACGAUCGCCAAAGCACAGGAGCUGAGCGAAAGAAUACGUUCCGAGAAUGGGCCAGAGCAAGGCGUUGCAAGCUUCCACCGGCAGCUGAACCUGGAUCGUCUGCGAUGUUCAAUAUGUCCCGAUCGAAAGGCUGUAUGGCGUGUCCGGAAAACAAAAAUACUGCUCAGUCCACUGGCAGCGUCCGUCCUUGUUCGCGGGGGCCAUCUCGAUCCUCAUGAUGUGAAGCUGUAUGUUCCUUGUUCACUUCCAUAUCAGUGUGAUGCAGCUAACGAUAACAGCUACCGCUCGAAAUGUUACGAUACGAAUACUGAUCCCAGGGGACCUUUCUAUGCAAGCGCCGAAGGAGUUGCAGGAGCAAUGGGGAAUUUCUUGACAGGGAUUGUGAAUAUCCCUAUGCAUACCGUGCAGGGAAUCUCCCAGACGAAGCGCUCUCGAUUUGCGGAUGGAUUUGGGCUGCCAACAUGCGAGGAACGAAUGGCAAUGGCUGAGAUGCAAGCAAAUGGAGGACCCGUCGUGGAGGAUCAAGGGUCGUCAGGUCUGGAUGAACAGAGGGACAGCGUCAGCAGCCUGCUAUCCAAGGAGACUGCAAGUUCGAGCUCAAGUAGCUCGAGUCAGGAUGCUCCCACCAUGGCUAAGCGGAGCACUCUUUCCUCUGUGCUCUCCAACAGCAGCUACACUGGACGCCGGGUCGUGAACUGGAUCAUCGAGAUACCAGUGGGCCUGACUCUGCUCCUGUCGCAGGGAUUUCACGAUGCUCCUCGGUGGUACCAUGAUCGCACAGUAAAGGACGUGCCGUAUGCGCACGACAUUCGCUCUGGGCUGAAGGCUGCAGCGACAGAAUUCUGGCAGAGUUGGUAUGACGGAAUCACCGGCCUCGUAACACAGCCUCAUUCCGGGUGGAAGCAAGGGGGAAUGGGCGAGAUGGCCAAGGGAGUUGGCAAGGGAGUCGGGGGUGUCGUCCUCAAGCCCCAGGCCGGUCUGUGGGGACUCAUCGGGUAUCCCCUGAAUGGCGUCUCCAGGAGCAUUGAAAAGUCGUACGGCAACAAUCGACAGGACUACAUUAUCUUCUCGCGCAUCCGCCAGGGAGAUGCGGACCUGGCAGCGGCAUCGGAGGACGAAAAGACGCAGAUUCUGGCCAAGUGGCGAGCUUUCCAGCAAAAGAGAAAACAGUUCCGAGCCAGUCGAGACAUGUCCUGUCAUUAA